AUGGAAGGAAGCCGCAAUUUUAACGACAUAGUUGCAGAGCCACUCACGAGAAACAGCAGUGCUGAUUGGUUCGAAUGGGUUAAGAACUAUCUGAUAUCUCGAGAUCUUUGGGAAGUGACGAAUAGUAGCGCAAAACCAGACGAAGAUGAUUUGGAAGGGUUUCCUAAAUGGAGAAGAAACAAUGCUGCAGCAUUGCACGUCAUCCGUAUCUCUUGUGGACGUCCCAAUCACUCCCAUAUAAAAGGGGUCUCUAAAGCCAAAGAUGCAUGGGACAUUCUCUAUGAGACCUACAAUAAUAAUGCGCCGGCCUCUGCACCGGCCUCUGCAACGGCCUCUGCACCGGCUUCUCCCCGAGAGUUAACGGAGGCAGAAGGAUUAGAGAUGAGUAAUAUGCUCAAGGCCAUAGCUGAAAACAACUGGUUGGCUGCAGAAGCAUCCAUUGAUCGCUAUCCUCAGGUAUUGGACGUAGAUUUUGCGGAGUCAAUGGGCGAAACACCUCUUCACGUGGCUGCAAAAUUUGGGCAUCUGGGCAUAGUAGAGGAGCUGGUGAGAUUAGUUCCAGAAGAAUAUCUGGAGAUACGCGAUGCUUACUGGGGCAAUACUCCGCUUGCAAUGGCUGCUUCACUCAAUGAACUCAUCCCAGUUGCAGCAUGCUUGAUCAGCAAAAAUAAAAAGGCACUUGAAAUUCCAUCUAAUAAGUACGCUUGGGAGAUUCCUGUUAACUCGGCUUUUUAUUCUGGCCGAAAGAAAAUGGGACGUUAUCUUUAUUCUGUCACUCCUUGGGAAGUCUUCAGACCAGACAACGGCGGUACUGUGGGGCCCCUUUUUCUCCAAAUCUGCUUGAAACUUGGAGAAUUAGAUAUUGCCUUGGAUUUGCUCCGACGAUGCACGGAGCUGCUUUUUGCUACUGACAUAAACGAGGACCCAACAAUUCAGAAUAUUGCCAGCUAUAUUCAUCCUUCUCUAGACAUAAGUCGACUUCCGUUCUGGAAGCGAUGA